AUGGAGUCCGCCCGAAACCUGUAUAAGAAGGAUGUCGAUUUUGGAGCCUUGGCGCUUCAAUGUCGCGACUUUGCCAAGUACUUGAAACCAAACAACCAGCUGGACUUUACCGAUCCAGCCGCCGUUCGGCAACUCACUACAACCUUGCUGCAACAGGACUUUCACCUCAAAGUCAAAAUACCCGAAGAUCGACUGUGUCCACCGCCCUGCAUGCAUGUGUCUCACAUACAGUAUAGGCUCAACUACAUUCUUUGGAUUCAAGACCUCAUAGAUUCAACCGCCGGGGGGUUGAAUGAUGGGUAUGAUCGAGACCGAGAGGUUGUCGGCCUCGACAUUGGAACGGGAUGUAUCGGGAUCUACCCUCUUCUUGGCUGCUCGACCCGGCCCGGCUGGAAGUUUGUUGCCACUGAUAUUGACCCGAACAAUAUCCGUACGGCCCAGCAGAACGUGGCGCUCAAUGGGCUGGAAUCACGGAUCCGGAUCAUAGAGUCCAGCUCCGAUGGCCCACUCUUUCCAUUUGAGAAGCUCGGACAUGAAAGGCUCGACUUUACCAUGUGCAAUCCACCUUUCUACACCUCCCGCGAUGAGCUAGUGGAAUCCGCUAAACAAAAAAAGCGACCUCCGUUCUCGGCAUGCACCGGCGCCGAGGUGGAGAUGGUGACCCGUGGUGGAGAAGUCGAUUUCGUCAGAAAGAUGAUUGACGAAAGUUUGCAUUUGCGUGACCGCAUUCAGUGGUAUACCUCUAUGGUAGGCAAGAUGAGCAGUGUGUCGGUCCUUGUGGAAACAUUGAUCAAGCACGGUAAUCAUAAUUUCGCCGUCACCGAGUUUGACCAGGGUGCCAAGACAAAGCGAUGGGCGGUAGCAUGGUCUUGGGGAGAUCGAAGACCCUCUACGGAUGUGGCGAGAGGAAUCCCCAAUUUACCGAAAAGUCUUUUCCCAUUCCCUGCUGAGUAUAAUUUCACCCUUCCGGUUGACGUAACCAUUGACGCGUGUGCUGGCAUGUUAAACACAGAGCUUAUCUCCUUGCCGUGGCAUUGGCGCUGGGACGAGAAAGAUUCUACAGGCACGGGGCUUGCAGCUGAAAAUGUGUGGUCAAGACAGGCCCGGCGCAAAAUGAAGCUCGCUGCGGAAGAUGACAUAGCCAAGUUGAAGGAAAUUCCAGAUAAGGUGGCAUUGGGAGUACUCGUGUAUCUACGCCUGGUCCUCGGGGACAAAAGCAAAGACAACUCUGAGGAAAAGAAAGUGCAGACUGUCAUUCGGUGGACACAAGGAACAGACACUGUUCUAUACGAAAGUUUCUGUGGAAUGGUGAAACGGAAACUUGAAUCGAGAUAA